AUGAGUGGAAGGAUUAACAAGGGUACGACAAAGUUCCAAGCAAAAGUUGGCAAUAGAAAACCUAGGAAAGUAGCACAACAGCCGACGCCGGCAUCUACACAAGAGAACGUAACAGCAGGGGAAAAUAGUGAAUUGAAUAAGACAUCGGCUGAUACGUUGAAUAACAGAAAAGAUGUGCCCCCAACGCCUCCCGUAACCCAGGAGAACAACAAGCGUGCAGCAGUUGAGAAUACUGAGGAAGCUGCACCUGCUCAGAAGAAACAAGCUGUUGCUAUUGGCAUUGCUACCCCUGAACCUUCCCAGCAGUCGAAGCAAUCACAGCAGAAAAACGCACCACUUCCGGUCAUGCCAGGGCGUAGUGCUCAGCCGUUAUCGUUUAAUCAGCGUUUCCAACAAUCGCAGCAGUCUCACCAGCCACUCAAUACACGCGCUUCUCAGUCCGCACCCACCGCUAGGCCACUCACUACCAGGGCUGCACACGCGCCAUUGCAGACGAGGGCUUCACAGGCAGUAGCUAGUACCUCAGCAGAGGCUUCUACACCAGCAGCGCCUGCAAAUCCGGAAGAAAAACAUGUGAAGGAGAAGAACGAUAAGGGUGAUAGUCCUGAGGGCGAGGGUGUCGAUCAGUUGAGUACUCCUGGGGGAAGCCCUCAGAACAAGAAGUUAUCAGCCAGACAACUACGCACCCAGAAACUCAAAAUGAAAAGAAGACCGAUCGAGGAGAUCUGGAGUGAGGACCCAACAGCUGAACCUAUAGACACAUCUACAUUCAAAAUGGCAGACCUCAUACAUGAUCCAGGUGUCGGUAGACUCAGUAGCAGAGUCAUAGACGUCGCCAAGAAACACGCUGAAAUGAAGCUCAGACGGAGAGAGCAGAAAGCGAAAUUGAAAUACAUGACAGAGGAGGAGCUCAAUUUGGAUGGGGGUGAUGAUGGUACCGGUCGCAGACGUACAGCGGAAGACGAAGAGAGGAUUAAGAAGGAGCAGGAAGAAGCCAAGCGAAAGAAGAAAGAGGACAGGAAAGCUGAGAAGAAGCGCCUCAAAGAGCAAAAGAAGGCUGAGGAGGGUGUUGAAGAAGGCGCUGAGGAAGUCGAGGGUGAUCAGGAAGAAGAAUCUUCUUCGUCAGAUGAUGAUGACGAUGACGAGAAGGAACAGCAGGGUCCUCAAAUGAGGGUUGUCGAUGGUCAACUUGUAGUCGAUGAGCAGUCGCUUUUGUACGACAGAUCAGCAAACUCACGCAAUGACACUUCGGGGUAUGAAGUCACAGAUGAACUCGAUAGUGACAGGUUUGUCAACACGAACACCUGGCGAGGCAGAGGUAGAGGCAGCCAUGAUAGAUGGACCAGGCUUGAGACUGAGAUGUUCUACGAUGCACUUAGCAGAUUUGGAACAGACUUCGAAAUGAUCGCCACACUUUUCAAAGGACGCACCCGGAGGGUUAUCAAAGCGAAAUUCACCCGUGAAGAGAAGUACAACAGCGACCUGAUAACGUACGCACUAAAGAAUCGAAAACCAUUCGAUAUGAUUGAAUAUGGUAAAUUCAUUGGCGUUGAUUUCAGCGGUCCACCGCCAGAGAUACGCGUACCAGAGCCAGUCACAGAUAGCGCGGUGAAGAAGGAUGAGGUCGUCGAUGGUGAAGAGGAAGUCGUCAAUCCGGAUGAAGAACAUCGCGGACGUAGACCAUCCCUCAGCGGUGCAUCUGCCAAGCGCAAACAAUCGAGAGGUCCAGGUGGUCGUGAUCCAGAGAACGAAGAGGGUGCUGAAGUCGUCGGUAUCGUCGAUGAGGGUGGUCUUGUCACCGCUGCUCAGUAA